CCUCAGGAGCACAUGGAACAUCCUCAUUUGCAGAUACACAGUAGUUUGAUCUAACAGGACAAAGGUGGCAGAUUCAUGAUCCUGAGGUCCAGCUCUCUGAAUGACUAAAGAUGGUUUGCUGAUUGAUCUGGAGGAAUCUCAGAAAUGGGGAGCUCAGGUGCUGAAGAUUUACACAGAAAUCACAGCCCAACAGUGCAGCAGAGCCUGCUGCCUUCUGAAGAAUGAUUCCUGUAACUUGGCUGUUUUCUAUUAUGAAACUAUCCAUCAGAACUUUAACUGCCUUCAUAUUUAUUGUCCAUCACUGGAGAGCUGCAUAGUGCGGGCUAGAAGAAAUGUCAUUUUGUACAACAUUACAACAGGGAUCGAUCCAGAUCUUCUUGUUUUUGAGAAAUUGUCUUAUAAGGAUCUGAAUACCCGUUCUUCAUUCAACAAAUAUGAAAGACAAAACCACUCAAAGGUAACUGAUUCAGAAAGUUGCCAGCACGAUAACAUCACAUCAGGUUCACUUCUACCUGAAUCUUCAUCUUCUACCACGAGCCAAGGUUUGGUAGCAGUAAAUAGUUACACCCACGGCACACGUGACCUUGUCCAAAAACCUGAACUGUCCACCGACUCAUGGACAAGAUCUUCACCAGUGGCUGAUCCUUUUGCUAAGGAAAAAGACAUAAAUUCAGCAAGUACAGGUUUCACAACCAGUUUGGACAAAAAGCCUGUAUACUCUACCUUGAUGUCUGUAUCUGCUAAGCUGUUAUCCCAUAAACCUAGUCCUGCUCGUCUGAACAACAGUAAGCAGAACUUGAAUGAAACCAAAGGUUACAGCGGCAGAAACUACACUUCAGAAAAUGAUGACCACAGACCUGCCUGGGUGGUAAUGGCUACUGGUGCCUGGUUGAUGCCUAUAGUGUUUUGUUCUUCUCUCAUUUUCCUUUGCUGCUGUACUGUUCUUUUGGCAGCAGGGUGCUGCAGAAGGAGGAGGGGUCACUAUAGGCCGGUGCGGAGAAGAGAAGUAGGGUCUAGACAGUUUAUGAAAUAUACCAUUGUAAAAGAUCGCCUGUAA